GAUCCCUUAGCGCCACUUUGAAAAUAGCCGCUGAAGUGCAAACCUCACUCCUCACCGCACAGGACUUCGUCGCCGAUAUCGAUCGCCGUCGCAAGAUGUUUGCCGAGUCCAAAAAAAGCACUCAUUACUCGUGCCUUCGAUGCUAUCGCAUCAUCUGUGUACACACGUUGGAAAAGAACCUUUGACUUUUGCUUCUCGAGUAGUCGAGGUCUUGGUUUCGUCGGCCAGUUUUCAAUUAGCUUUUUCUCGUCGACCAAUUGUGCGCGGGCUUGUAUUUUGCCGAAUUUUUUCCCUCUCGCAAGAGGCUGCGAAAUUCGAGUCGUCGAGAAGAUUUGUAAAACUUUUGAUUAUCUUGUAAACAAACUCGUCUUUACUGUAUAAUUAUAAUCAGAUAUUCGGAGGAAGAUGCAUUAUCGUAGCGGCCGUAAUGCAGGAUCAACGCCAGUCUGAAUUCCCGCUGAUGCGGCGGCAUAAUGGUGAACCUCUCGGACAUAAAGCCGCUCUUCUACGCGGCCCGUUUCUUCGGCUGCGCGCCUCACCGUGUGACCGACAGCGACGUCCUCCUGACCACCUCCGGGUUGAUUUACUCCGGCAUCUGGGCUCUGGGCUUCGUCUGCUGCUGCUGCUACGGUCUACGUCUCAUCUGUGCCGGGGUGUACACCGGCGAGCGCAACAUGCUCGCUUUGACCGCUGUGAGGACACUCCUGGCCUACGUCUGCUUCUUAGCCGACGACGCGUUGACUAUGCGCUGGAACGAGAGGCUCCGAUCGGCUCUUCUGCAGCUCAGGAAUUUCGACGUGGCCGUCAGUUACGGACGGAAGCGUUCGGUCAAUUGGAAGCUCAGAUGCUGCUGUUGGAUGCUCGUUGGGACGAUCAUCGCUUACUGGAUCGGCGUGGGAUACGUUACCUACAAAUGCGAGAUGACCAAUCCUCUCUUCAAUGCGAUCACGUAUGUCAUAGCCAACGCGGCCAUCUCCAUGCAGCUGAUUAAAUUCGCCGGACUGCUGAUCCUGCUGCGCCAGCGCUUCCGAUAUCUCCGCGAGUUACUGCCGCUCGAAGCGCAUCCCAACUCGGCUCGUCGAGCAAUACAGCUGCAGGACAUCUGGUGGCUUCAUUGUUCCUUGGCAAACGCCGCCGAGACGAUAAACUCCUGCUACUCGCUCCAACUGCUGCUCUGGAUCUUCACUAUGUGGCUCAACGCGCUCUCCAGGAUUUACGCGAUGAACGAGACGCUAGUGGACAGUGGUCAGUUUUUGCUGAUGCUCAGGGAGUCGCUCCUCGUCACCGCUUGUAUCGGGAAUCUCAUGCUCAUAGCUCUGGCCUGCCAUUACACCGCUCGAGAGGCCAACAGCGUCGGGAGAGCCGCGUUCGCGCCGCAAACGAGCUUUUCCCGGAAGCGCAGUCUCUUGGAGCACAGCCUCGAGGUCGGCGUGUAUUUCAGUCUACGGCAACUGCACUUCUCCGCCGCAGGUGGUUUCAUACAGGUCGAUUUGCCCCUGCUUCUGUCCAUCGCCGGCGCCAUGACGACCUAUCUCGUGGUUCUGCACAACAACUCCUAGUCUACGCGCACACGUCGACGAGAAUGAAAAAUCCAGCGGAUAUCCAGCGCAAUUUUCCCCAAGCGUGUGCACAUCUCUCCAGUUGCAUAUUUUAUCAGGACCACCGCGACGUCUAUUAUUCAAGGUUGCGCCCAUAUGUGUCUGUAUAUUAUAACAUCGGAGCGCACAAUAUAAGCAGCUCAGCCGAGCUUGAGGGAAAUGGCUCUCGAUUUAUGUGCAUCGGCGGCUUUUCUACCUCAUAAUGCCGCGAUUAUGUUGCAGCGCGGAAAGGGAGGGAGAGAGAGAGAGAGAGAGAGAGGAAGCGUAAGUUUCGCGAUAAGACGUACUUUGCGGCGCGAUGAUGGAAUUUCGGUGUGUUUUGAUAUUUAUAGAGGCGGAAGGUGCGGCUGAGCGUUUCUCUGCUGCUGCUGGGUUGCCGGUAAUUGUUCUAUGAAUAUUUACGAUUUUGAGGGAAAACGCGGUGAGACACUACACAAUGUGUAUCGCGAAGUUGAAAAAUUUUGUACGAGAUUGUAGAAAAUGUGUGUGCGUUAGUAAUGUUAUAUCGAAGCUCGAAGCUGUUACGUCGGGUUGUUAGAUGCACUGAUGCGGUGCGAUUGGCAGCUUAUUGCAAUCAAUUUAUGCCGCAAGAAUAAAUUGAAGCUCAAAGCUAUACUCAACGUCGAUGUCUGAUCUGAAAUGAAGCUGUUUCGUAAUGAGCGCAAACUUACCAUUUCCCAUAUCGAAGCUUCGCUGUAAUUGUUCAUUAUCGUCCCGAGAAGUUCGUUAAUUAGCAUAACGGUACAAAUCGGCAUCGCUUCAUUUGUCUUGGUCAUCGUGUGGACCUGUGUCAAACACCUAAUGCCGAAGCAUAAUCGCACAAAAUCAAAGGCCCGUAUAUACACAACUCUCUCGCACCUAUGAUUAUUCUCCGAAAAGUUUAUCCAACCCAUUGAUCUAGAAACAAUUGCCGAUCAAUCAUGUAUAACCGUCGGAAAAAAUUCCAUCAAAUAUUUCCGAACAAUGCUCAUCAGUGGAAUAAAAGCUCCGAAUCUUGGCAAUAAAAAACUGUCUUUCCCCGACAGUUUCAUCGUUUUUUUUUCCCUCUCUCUCUCUCUCUCUCUCUCUCUCUCUGUCUCUAUAUUUAUUGCGGAUAAGGCGACGAGGCUCCUAACGCAAUAUGACAGAUUGACUCUCUGCCUCGCGCGGCCGUACUUUAACGCCGUAAUUGAAUACCCCUUGAUAUAUCUCUGGUUCGCGCGUCCUUUCAAAGCGUUCGCUCUCUCGUCUGAGCAAAUCCGGAGCUUUUUGCUCCUAACGCGUUGUUGCGCUCGCAUCUGCAGCUGUCGUUUUAUGCACACACAUACACACAGACGAGGUGAAGCGCCAAGGUCGGCUAUUCUACUGGGCUAAGUGUAAAACGAGCACGUCAACUGUGUUCGAAUUCGAAUAAAAGCUCGUCCGGUUUCGAAUCGGUUUUAGCUCUCGUUAAAAUUGACUCGUACACUGCUGCUACAUCGCGUUCGUUAUAGUUAAUAGCCAUAAAGAAAAAGGCCGCUAAUGAAUACAAUCCACAAGCACUUCAAAUUAGUCGUUCAAAAGCUCACGUACACCCACGCGGUACCAGCUGACUCGCUCUAUAUAUCGCGCACGAUGAAACCCAUUAGAGGAUUGAAUUUCCUCGUGCCGCGGCGAUAAUAAGCCGGCGCGUCAGAAGCAGAAGGCCGUUUCACCUCAACUCGAGCUCAAGACACACAAGCUGCGGACUCUCCCUCUCUCCACGUGUCCACCUUCGAGCAUCGUCAUCGAUCAAGUGAGUCUUAGUUUCUUCCCUGCUCGCGCUCGGGAUUAGCACGAGGAAAGGGUGUCGUUCGGCUUUUUAUCCCGAUUGCGAUAAAUAAGAGAAGAGGAGGAGGAAGAAAAAAGAAGCAGCUAAGGCGGUCGGCUGAUGCGAUAAGAGAGAAAAAAAAAACAACGAACGCGCCGAGCCGGGGAGUUUUAUUUCAACGAGUGGAGAGAGAUUCAGGACGUCAUUAGGGCAGAUUGAAUUCUUCCUCGUAUAAUGAAAUGGCAUGUGCUCGCCGCGCGGGUUUGUGCGCGAUGAUACGGCUGAAAACAGCGUUGCUUGUAAUCUUGUCGACAUUGAUGGCGCAUUGUUUCUUUGGCGGGCAUAGUGUAAAAAUGCUUUUUAUCGGGAUUCGGUCGGGCCGGCGAAUUUGACGAUAUGAAAAGCUGAUGGAGAUAGAGAGAGAGAGAGAGAGAAGCGUGAAACUUUUUUCGAUACGUGCUGUAUAGGAAGCUCAAUUUCAGAAUGUAAUCAAUGUGCAAAUUCUGUCGUCGAGAGAUGACGAAAACGAUAGGCAAAACCGAGCAUAGUUUUGCUUCCUCCUAGAGGAAGCUUUGUAAUAGUAAAAUUUUGAGUUUCGUCAAAACUUCUAGAAAAUACUUUUUGGUGUGUUAGAAGUUCA